GCAUUACGUGGAGAGUAUAGCAUUCGCGUGACUGACAGUAGUAAAUUGCGUCGGCGUGUUUUGAAUAAUUUCUUUGCAAGUGCAUAUGAUGCAUUUCCAUAUUUUCUAGAAAUUAAAGAAACCUUCAAAGAAAAUAGGAAUGUAACUGUGAAUCUGUGAUAUCAAAAGGAAGAACUUACGAGCGUUAUAUUGAUAUGGUGACAGAUGAAAGAAUUGUAUAGGUUAGAUUUAAAUAUGUCGCAAGGGCAAGAUGUUACACUUGAGAAAGAAGAAGUAUCUGCAGCAAACAAUGCGCUUCUUUUCCGGCUUGCUGUUACAAAGAGUUUCAAAAACAUUGCUGAAUCUGUCAGUGAAGAAGAAUUUCGCGAGUUGACUAUCGUUAAGAAACGGUCAUCCUCUUCUCUCUGCCGUAAAUUGCACAAAGCUAUGAUUGAUGAAUUGUUGAAGAGAAUGAAUGACGAAUUGGAGGAAAUAUAUCAAGAGGGUUCAUUGGAAGCUGGAUUGAAGAAAGUUUCCAAAUUGUCGGAAGAAGCUGUAAAUUCAACGAACGAUCAAACUGUUUGGAGACCACCUGGAAAUGUUGAAUUACACUUGAGAUCGUUAGACGCUGAAAAGAUUAAAGCAGAAAAUGAGAAACUAGAGAAAUGGUUGAUCGAAAAAGAAAAUGAAAAUGCUAUCCUAAUGAAGAAACUCACUGAUGAUAGGGCCAAAUUAUGUGCUACUAAUGACAGAGUAGCAAAUAUUUUACACAGAGCUCCUAUUAUUCAAGAAUAUUUGGAAAAUCAAGUAGAAGAGGUGCAACAUUUGCUUCAAGUAAUGGAAGAAGAUUAAUUAAAUGAUGUGUCAUUGUUUGGAAAUACGAAACAAAGAAAGGGAUAUUAUGCUGCUCAAAGUCUGACAGAAAAAGUACGAAAAGACAGAGAGGUAAUUUUCCUAAUUGUGAAAUAAUGAUUUGGGAAAUGAAUCGAGAAAACAACGGUGGUUUGUGCUAUGACAAUAAAAGGGGAGAAUUUGGAAUAAGAUUAAAAAUGGUAUUGUUGAAAGUA